CGACGGAUUGUGAGCUGCAUUUGCUACCGGACAGAACAUCAAUUCGGUCCUUGACCUUCUUCUGCCCUGCUUUUAACCUUCUUUCUUACCAGUCCUUCUCACAAUGGUGGUCUACUAUCAAGUUGCCGGCCGCAAAGUCGGCUCCCACGUUCUCGCAAUGGCCACUCUUGGUACAACAUUCGCCGGCGCUUGGCUCGCAAUGCCUUCAUCUUCCAAAAAGAAGGAACAGGGCCCUCCAAUCAAGGCUAGCAGUAAGGAUGAGGAGCAGUUUAUCCAAGAAUUCUUGAAAAACGUUGAAGCCGAGGAAAAGAAGGCGAAAGCGUAAUCAUCGAACUUUUGUGACCGUCAACCCCGAAAAUGUAUACGCUUGCAGCCCCAGCUCUUUGAUAUGCUCUUGAUACCGCCGUUUGGGAAGAAAUGCCGCGGAACUUUGUGUGCCCGGGUCUCGCCAAGGGUUAAACCGAAGGUGCCUCAUAUGUACAGAUAUUAUUUCGAAAUAUAGACACCAAAUGGCAUGAUAGAUUCGUUAUGACAC